GACUUGGACUGAAGUUAUAAGGGUGUGCCAUUGUCCUCGGAUCAGACCCACACAGACACCCGGACAGAAGAGGAAGAGAAGAGAAGAGCAGCUUUGUCUCUGCCAGUGUUUCUUCAACACACAAAGGUGGAAAGAGUCUGUAAGUUGACCUGAAGAGUUCAGCAGUGAACUAUGGCACAGUUUGGUGAAGACUCCAGCCAGUUUGUUGAAGACUCCAGCCUGAGGGACUGGAAGGUGAUUGGCUCUGGGAGUUUUGGACAAAUCUACAAAGCCAGGCAUCAUCAGUGGGGCGUUGACGUGGCCAUUAAACUGCUUCUUCAGGGCGAGGGGAAUGAGGAGUCUUUGAUGCAUGAGAUCAAGAUGAUGCGUCAAGCCACCAGCCAGCAUGUUAUGGCUGUCCGAGGGGUCUUCAAGGGUCGAACCCCGUCCUCUGGCAGGUCAACACAACUUGGUGUGGUAAUGGAGGUCAUGGAGAGAGGAUCAUUGGCCUCCCUACAGGAAGCAUUGAGGGGAACUCCACCCUGGCCCCUGGUCUUCAGACUGGCUCACCAAGUGGCUCUGGGUAUAAACUUCCUCCACAGUCUGCCCCGUCCCGUGCUCCACCAGGACCUGAAGCCCAAAAAUGUGCUGCUGGAUGACGCUCUCAAUGCCAAACUUACAGAUUUUGGCCUUGCCCGGAUUUCCUGCAGCGUCACACAUGUUCCCAAGGACGGUGAACCACUAGGAGGGACGAUCUAUUACAUGCCACCAGAGGCGUUAAAAAGCACAUCGUACAAACCUACCAGAGCCUUUGAUAUCUACAGUUAUGGGAUACUCCUUUGGUCCAUUGUCACAGGGAAACAACCAUAUGAAUAUGCAAAGCCCGAAAUAGUGAUGUUGCGCGUCCCGCUGGGAGACCGCCCACAGCUGGAUGAUAUCAAGGGCGAUGCUGCCGGGUUGACAGAGUUGACAGGACUGAUGAAGAGAUGCUGGGAUCAUAAACCUGAACGAAGGCCCAGAGCCCUUGAGUGUACAACUGAGACAGAAAAACUGUUCAAGAUGCACAAACAUGCAAUCAAUAAAGCUGUCUAUGAAGUUCUGAUGAAACUGGACCAAAAGGAAGAAGAAGGCAUGGAGGAGCAGGUUCAGAGGGAUCAAAUCACUGAGGCUCCAGUGGAGGGGAUCCAACAGCUCCUGAGAGGAUUGAAUCUGCUUGCUGGUCCACAACAGAGACUGGACCCUCUCAGGGUGCAGAGGUGUGAUCUGAUGAAAUAUUCCUGUGAACUCACACUGGACACAAACACAGUGAACAGAGAACUCAAACUGUCUGACAACAACAGGACAGUGACAUGGGUGAGAGAGGAUCAGCCAUAUCCUGAUCAUCCAGAGAGGUUUGACAGUCCGCAGCUGCUGUGUAGAGAUGGUCUGACUGGUCGCUGUUACUGGGAGGUUGAGAGGACAGGAGGAAAGGUUUCUAUAGCAGUGAGUUACAGAGGAAUCAGGAGGAGAGGAAGCAGUGCUGACUGUUGGUUUGGACGUAAUAAUCAGUCCUGGAGACUGUGGUGCUCUGAUGGUCGUUACGAUGUCUGGCACAAUAACAACAGAACAUCCCUCCCUCUCUCUUCCUCCUCUGUCUCUAGAAGAGUAGCAGUGUAUGUGGACUGUCCUGCUGGCUCUCUGUCCUUCUACUCAGUCUCCUCUGACUCACUGAUCCACCUCCACACCUUCAACACCACAUUCACUCAACCUCUUUAUCCUGGGUUUGCGUUUGGGUCAUAUGGUUCCUCAAUGUCUCUGGACUAGAUUUAUCAAGCGAUUUGCGCCUGUUUCCAGGCGUUAAUUGUUCACA